CGUCAAUCAACCGACACACCCACUCCCCCACUAAUCUAACCAACUCCUCAUGGGGCUGUUCAAGAAGUCCUCGGGCCCCGCCCAAGCCCCCCACGACCCCCUCACCAACGAAAAGGGUCUUAUCGAGCACACCCCGACACACACCCCCGCCCACUCGACCCCGACCAACCGCUCCCAUACCGACCUCCUCCCCGCCAAUGCCCCCGCCAAAACCCGCGUCCCCCUCGUCGCCAUCGUCCUCGGCGCCGUCGCCUCCAUCGGCGGCUUCAUGUUCGGCUACGAGUCCGGGCAAAUUUCAGGCUUCGUCCAGAUGAGCGACUUUAUCGACCGCUUCGGCGAGAAUGGCAAGUUCAGCGCUGCCCGCGAGGGCACCAUCGUCGGCCUCCUCUCCAUCGGCACCCUCCUCGGCUGCUUCAUUUCCGCCCCGAUGGCGGACAGGUUCGGACGCAAGUACACGAUAUCCUUCUGGGCCUUCUUCUACAUCAUCGGCGUCAUCAUCGAGAUCACGUCCAACAAGGUGUGGGUGCAGUUCGCCAUGGGCAGGUUUACCGCCGGUCUCGGUAUUGGUUCGCUGUCGACCUGCGUACCCAUGUACCAGUCAGAGUCCAUACCCAAGGCCAUCCGCGGCGCCGCCGUCUCGUCAUACCAGUUGUUCAUCACGCUCGGUAUCUGGACGGCUUACAUGGUCUGCUACGGCACCGAGGGCGCCUACCACAACUCGGCGCAAUGGCGUAUCCCCAACGGGCUCUCCGCCCUAUGGGCCAUCCUUCUCGGCGUCUCUGUCCCCUUCCUCCCCGAAUCCCCGCGGUGGGCAUACCGCGUCGGCCGCGUCGACGAGUGCCGGCGCAACAUGGCCCGUCUUAACGGGUGCGACCCGUACAGCGACCUGAUCAACCAGGAGAUCGCCGACAUCGAGGAGAAGCUGCAGGCGGAGCGCGCGGGCGGGGACCACCCGUGGUACGAGAUCUUCACGGGCCCGCGCAUGCUCUACCGCACGGUGCUCGGCAUGGUGCUCCAGGCGGGGCAGCAGCUCACCGGCGCGAACUUCUUCUUUUACUACGGCACGACCAUCUUCGCGGCGACGGGCCUGCAGAACUCGUUCGUGACGUCCAUCAUCCUCGGCACGGUCAACGUCGCGGCGACGUUCCCCGGCCUGUGGAUCAUCGAGCACUGCGGGCGGCGCAAGUCGCUGAUGGCGGGCGCGGCGUGGAUGUGCGUCUGCCUGUUCAUCUACGCGUUCGUCGGGCACUACAAGCUGCCGAACCCCGACGGCACGAAGAACGCCACGGCGGGCAACGUGAUGAUCGUCUUCACCUGUCUCUUCAUCGUCGGCUUCGCGACCACCUGGGGGCCGAUGGUCUGGGCGAGCGUGACGGAGCUCUACCCCGCGCGGUACAGGGCGUCCGCGACGGCCCUCGCGACCGCCGCGAACUGGCUGUUCAACUUCCUCAUCUCCUUCUUCAGCACCUUCAUCACGGACGCGAUCGACUACUUCUACGGGCUCGUCUUCGCGUGCUGCUGCGCGGGCCUCUUCUUCAUCGUGUACUUCUUCAUGAUCGAGACGAAGAACCGCAGCCUGGAGGAGAUCGACACGAUGUACGUGCUGCACGUGAACCCGAUCACGAGCGCGAGCUGGACGCCCGACAGCCUCAAGCGCGAGGGCGUGCCGACGACGGACCAGCUGUACCUCGCGCCGGGCGGGCGCAAGAUCGUGAAGAGCGGCGCGGAGAGCGCGCACCACGAGCAGGCGGUCAAGGAGGACCCUGCUGGGCCGAGCAAGGCCGCAUAGGGGGGGGGUGUAAGGCGGCUGGGUUGAUGCUUGUUUCAUGACUUGACUCUUCAUUUCAAAUGUGACGAAAGGAAAAGUAUUGAGGAUGAUGACGCUGGGCUGGGCGGCCAGGCAGUGGACUGUCGGAUGAAGAGCAAUAGAUACCGAUGUAUUUGUUUCCGCCUCACUGCUCGAUUAGCUUAAAUGUAUUCUUAUGCGAGUAAUGAUAAACGAUCUACAAACC